AUGGUUGUGGUUGUGAGGUUUGUCAAUGAUAAAGGAAAUGUCAUUGAGAGGUUUCUUGGCAUUGAACAUGUUUCUGACACCACAUCACAUUCACUAAAGGAAGCAUUGGAUACUAUGCUUAGGAGGUAUGGUCUAUCUAUUUCCAAGAUUAGAGGACAAGGAUAUGAUGGAGCUUCAAACAUGAAAGGACAGUUUCAUGGAUUACAAAGGCUGGUGUUAGAGAAUGUUAGUGAAGAUGGAACUGAUGGGGAAAAGAAAACUAUUGCAUCUGGAUUAAUAACAAAAAUAGAGUCAUUUGAAUUUAUGUUCAUAUUACAUCUUAUGAUUAGAGUAUUGGGGUUGACUCAAGAAAUAUCACAAUGUUUGCAAAGGAAAAAUCAGAACAUUGUUCGUGCAAUAGGAUUGAUUGGUUCUGUGAUGAGAAAUAUGAAUGCCAUGAGGGAAAAUGGUUGGGAUGAACUUUUUGAAGAGGUCAAAAGCUUUUGUGUCCAAAAGAAGAUAGACAUUCCUAAUAUGGAAGAUAUGAUACCAGUUAGAGGUCGUUCCAAAUUCCGUGGUGCCAAAUUAGUGACACACUACCAUCAUUUUCAUCAUGGAAUUUUCAUUGUUGUGAUUGAUCAGAUUCUUUGUGAGUUAAACAAUCGGUUUCCAGAAAGAUCAACUCAACUCUUGAGAUGUGUUGCUUGUCUUGAUCCGAAUGGUUCUUUUGCUAACUUUGAGAUAGAGCAAUUAGUUGAGCUUGCUAAGAUCUAUAAAGAUGACUUCAGUGAUUAUGAUUGUGAAAAGCUAAGGGGUGACCUCCUGGUAUUUAUUGAUGAUGUCAAACAUGAUAGAGAUUUUGGCACAUGUACUGAUCUUGGUAACCUUGCUGAGAAGAUGGUUCAAAGCGAUAGACAUACACAUUUUUCUUUGGUGUAUCGUCUCAUUGAACUUGCAUUGAUUUUGCCAGUGGCAACAGCAACAGUUGAAAGAGCAUUCUCCGCUAUGAAUAUUAUCAAGACCGAACGGAGGAAUAAAAUGAAUGAUGAAUGGAUGAAUAAUAGCAUGAUAUGCUAUAUUGAGCGGGAUUUGUUUGCAUCAGUUGAAGAUGAUAAAAUUUUGAAGCGCUUUCAAGGUUUCAAAAACCGAAAGAUAAAUUUGCCACGUGAGCGCCCGAGCGCCCACCUAGAGAGUCGGCUUGAACAGAAAAGACCGAGGAUUGAACUUGAUUUGAGAGAUAUAGUUGAUGAUCCAGGUAAUAGAAAGCCAAUUGAUGAGUUUCAUCAUGGCAUUAGGGAUGAGGCUAGGAGAGCGUAUCUACAGAAAGGUCCAUAUAGGCCAACUGGUCAUAAGUUUCCAAAAACAAAAGUCAAUGGACGGCGGCGAAGCAGGGAGAGGGAGUGCGUUGGUGUCCCGCUCCUGCUGCCGAAGCUGAACGCCGGCUGGAGGUGGGAGUGGGCAGACACUGGCACUGCCAUGUGA